AUGUUAUGUCAGAUCUUCAUCUGCAUUGACACCCCUGGGAAUCCUGACACACGUCCACAUCGGCCUGCAUAUCUGCUUGAAGAAGCGAAGGCCGGCCACGGCUGGCUCAUGACGGCCAUAUUGGACAAGACCUACUGUCUGACGAAGCUCUUUGGCAUUACACGGCCUUCGACGUCUGCGCGCAAGGCCGCAGAAGAAGAAAUCAAGGACCUGGAAGCCCACAUCCGACUCAACGACCCUGAAGCUCUCGUUUCAGAUUUGGAAGUCGGUGAAGACAGGCUAGCUGGGCAUCAUACGUGUACAUUCUUCUGCGCGACACUGAUAUACUUCGAGCGGUGCCUCCAACGUACGCUCCCAAGAAAGCUUCAACCUCUGGUGCGCAGAAGCCUGGACCACUUCGACGCCGUUCGACAACUCGAGGUCCAGCAUGGCUACAAGGCGUGUGGAUUACUUUGGCCCGAGUUCGUGACAGCAUAUGAGGCUAAAGAUGUGGCCGACUUGCGCACGCGGUCGUUUUGCCUGUUCAACAAGGGCAGAGCCAAAGGUAUCGGGAAUGUCCUAUCUAUGGAGAAGGUGGUGCUCGACGUCUGGCAGAGAAGAGAUGACAGUGCCCACGACGAAGACGUUGGUGGGAAAGUUCGAUGGUGGAUCUAG